AUACCCACAUGUAGACCUCGUGCCCUAUAUACAAGUACACAGAGACAAACCAGCAACCAACCACAAAGCUAAGGCAUUAAUUCAGUUCCAGGCAUUUCAUCUUCAUUCAUUUCCAAAAGGGGUACCCUGAGAUCACAAAGGAUUCACAUACUAUGGGCAAGGGAGUUGCAGUGUUGAACAGCAGCGAGGGUGUCAAGGGGACCAUCUUCUUCACCCAGGAAGGAAAUGGUGCCACCACUGUGACUGGAACUGUUUCUGGCCUUAAGCCUGGUCUCCAUGGUUUCCAUGUCCAUGCUCUUGGUGACACCACUAAUGGUUGCAUGUCCACCGGUCCGCAUUUCAACCCUGAUGGUAAAACCCACGGUGCACCAGAGGAUGCUAAUCGUCAUGCUGGAGAUCUAGGAAACAUAACUGUUGGGGAUGAUGGAACUGCCACCUUCACAAUCACUGACAGCCAGAUACCUCUUGAUGGACCUAACUCUAUUGUUGGAAGGGCUGUUGUUGUCCACGCAGACCCUGAUGACCUCGGAAAGGGAGGCCAUGAACUCAGCUUGGCUACUGGAAACGCAGGAGGCCGUGUUGCUUGUGGUAUUAUUGGUCUUCAGGGCUAAGCUGUUGCUAUUCGAGGAAGAGAGUGAUGUAAUAAGGAGGUUCUUACCUCUAGACCUGGCUAGUUUGUGUAUCGUUUGUGUGUGGCUGUAAUCAUUGAGUUAGUGGCUCAAUACAUUUGAUUUUAAGACAAAAAGAAAAACAGAGAAAACUUUUCUAUUUCAAUGAAUAACAGAGUUGCUUGAAAACAAUAAA